GUUUCUACUAGACAUUUAGGUUAGAUUAAACUUGUUUUCAAAGUUUAAAGUAGCAUAUGAAUAAAUGGCUUUUAUUUUUGGCAAAUUAAGGUUGACAAAACAUGUCUGUGCAGAAAUUAAACACAUCCCUUACUUAAAUUUUACUCAUAACACAGUUGAACUGCGGGGUAUGUCUUCAGAAGCAGAAAAAGCUGAACGUGCUAAAUAUGAGAAGGGAAGAGAAACAGUUUUUGACCAAAUAAUAUCCCGAAAAUUACAUGCAGAUAUUAUAUUUGAAGAUGAGCACUGUCUAGCUUUUAAUGACGUAAAUCCGCAAGCUCCUGUCCAUUUUCUGGUAAUACCCAAGAGGCGAAUACCCAUGUUAGAUGAUGCUACUGAAGACGAUAAAGAUCUUCUGAGUCAACUGUUGCUAACUGCAAAAAGCCUUGCAAAAAAAAGAAUGCCGAAUGGAUAUCGCUUGGUUAUUAAUAAUGGGAAGGACGGUUGUCAAUCUGUAUAUCAUCUGCAUGUGCACGUUUUAGGAGGACGUAGAAUGCAUUGGCCACCAGGUUAAGAAGAGAUAAGUGUAAAUAUUGAAAUUGUUUGUUAUGUAAUACUGUUAAUAAAUAAACAUGGCAAAAAGUAUGAA